AUGGCUGAACAAACUAUAGUUAAAGGUGCUGAAAGGAACAAAAGACCUUGGACAGUAGAGGAAGAUGCAAAGCUGAUUGAUGCACUUAUGGAGUUACAUGUAUCUGGAAAGUAUUCAGGGGCUGAUAAUGGCUUCAAGCCGGGAUAUCUUAAAGCUGUACAAAGCCUGUUGGAUGUAUCUCUUCCUAAUGCGGGAUUAAAGGCAGACCCUCAUAUUAAGUCAAGGAUGAAGACGUUGAAGUCAAAUUUCAGCACUGUGCACGACAUGUUAGUCGGCACCAACACAAGUGGCUUCGGUUGGAAUUCCAAAACAUGUUGUAUUGAUGCGGAAGACCAAGUCUGGGAUGAAUAUAUCAAGUACCACAAAACUGCUGCUUAUUUUCGAGGCAAGCCUUUACCAUUCUAUGAGAAACUUUGUAGCAUCUUUGGCAAAGAUAGAGCUACGGGAUCUCGUGCUGAGGAUCUUGGAGAUGAAGAUAUUGGAGAUGAGGCACAAGAGACUCCCACUGCAGUUGAUUUGGAAGUUCCCAUGUCUGGUGGAGAUCCAAGUAGCACCGGUAGUAAGCGAAAAAGAAGCAAAAGUGACGACUUUGGUGAAACUUUUAAGGAAUGUUCGAGUAACUUGACAGAAAAAAUGGAACAUUCUUUAGGUAUGUUGGGUGACAAACUUGUUGCUAGUGCUGAUCAAGCUAAUCAAGAUAUUGCUAAUGAUAUAUUGGACGAUGUUAUUACCGAGAUACAAAACUUACAAGGCAUUACUACACAUCAACGUCUUAGGGGGAUGCAUGUUAUCCGUCGUAAUGCAAGUAAAGCUCGUAUAUUUCUUAGGUCUUCUGAAGGAGAUAGGAUUACCUAUAUUCAGAUGCUCGGGGAUGGGCCUCUUGACUAG